AUGGCAGCUGAUUAUUUACUUGAAUUUCGCUUCGAAUUUCUUUGGCCAUUUUGGCUCGUUUUGCGAAGUAUUUAUGAUUCAUUUAAAUACCAAGGAUUGCUUUUCUCAUUAUUCUUUGUACUUAUUGCAUUCAUAGCCGAUCUUAUUUGUUAUAUAAUAUUACCUAUUCAAUGGCUAUUUUUUGCUGCAAGUAGCUAUGUAUGGAUACAAUAUGUUUGGCAAACAGAACGUGGUAUCUGUCUGGGUACUGUUGUUCUGUGGGUAUUGUUUGUUUGGCUUGAAGCAUCAGUACGAUUACGUGAAAUUAAAACUAUUGAUCUUUGUCGACCAUUUGCCGCUCAUUGUAUUGGUUAUCCAAUGGUGACAUUGGGAUUUGGUUUUAAAACUUAUCUUGCUUAUAAAUGGAGAUUGAGAAAACAACGUGAAGUAAGAAAAAUAAAUGAAUCAUAUGUUCAAUUAGUUAAUCAAGCAUUACCAAUUGAAGUUCAACAAGAAGUUGAAAAAGAAAAAUUAAGUCGAGAGAAGGGUACAUUUACUGAAACCUUUGAUGAAUGUACAAAUCAAACAAAUAUCGAUGGAAAUUAUCCAUCAUCAUCAUCAUCACCUUCUCAAAUGACAUCAGUAACUAACUCAAAUCCUCUAACGACUAAUUCAACACUGAUUAAUUCUCAAACACAUUUAACUAAUCAUUCAACAUCAUUACCUUGUACAGUAUCAAAACGUCCACAAAAACUAAAUAAUAAUGAUGAUCUAUUAUCUACGAAUUCACUUGUACAGACAACAACAACAACAACAACACGUAAUAAUAAAAUUUCAAAUGGAAAUGAUGAUGAUUUAUCAUCGACAUAUAAACAACAGAAAAAACAGUUAAUCAAAUCUUCCAAUGCACAGAAUACACAAAGUCGAAGACAACAAAAGAAACAAGAAAGAGAACAGAUACGUGCUACAUCAAGAGAUUCAUCUUCAUCAUAUAAUAAUGGAUUUGCAACAAAUAUAUCGAUCGAAAAUUCAGAUAUCGACAAAAAUUUUCAAAUAAAUAAACUUGAAGGUGAUAUUCAACGACUAAAUCAAUCAAUUGAAAAGCAAAAAAAUUCCGAAAUACAAUUACGUACACAAUUAUCUGACUUGAAAAAUGUCCGCAAAGAUCUUGAGGAUUUACGUGUAGAAAAUUCAGCAUUACAAGCAAAAUAUGAAUCAAUUAAUACUCAACGAAAUCGUGAUAAACAACGUAUAACUGAUCUUGAAAAAAAUGUCAAUGACGAAAAACAAACUAAACAACGAUUAGAAUCACAAAUAAAGACAGAAAAAACAUUGACAAAAAAACUUCAAGAUGAUUUGGCAAAAUUAAAUUUAACACCACCGAAAAGUGAAUGUACAGAACAAUGUAUCAAGCGAAGACGAGAUCAAGAGAAUGAAACACGAGAAAUACGUAAAUUACUUAAUGACAAAGACGAACGUAUUAAAUUACUUGACAAUGAAAUUAAGACUCUUUUAAAAUAUCGAGAAUCUCAAGCGGAUACUGAAGUACUCUAUCAACAUUUAACACAAUUACAAGAACGAAAUGCUCAUUUACAAGAUAGUCUUAGUGCUGAAACACGGAUUAAACUUGAUCUAUUUUCUGCACUUGGUGAAGUUAAACGACAACUUGAAAUAGCCAAUAAUGCCAUACGAGAGAAAGAACGUGAAUUAAUUGCUGCACUUCAUUCCCAACAUCAAGUAAAUAAUUGUUUAUUUAAUGGUCAUCCUCAAGCAUCUGGACAUUCAUCACCAACAAAUCAAUUAAUUGAUACAAAUAAUAAUCCAACAACGAGUUCAUCAUCAGUUUUUUAUUCACCUCCAACAACUAUAACACCACCGCCAUUACCAUUACAAAAUGCUACAUCCAAUCUCGAUCCUAAUGCUCAAGAUUUUUGUUUACCAACACAUUCGACAAAUAACAAUUAA